UUGACGUUUCUCUUUAAUUGCAGAAGUUUGUAAAAAUUAAGAAUCCUUCAUUAAUUAAAACAGUUUUCUUGACAAAUUUCAUCAAUUUCAUUCAAAGUUUAAAUUUUCAACGUGAAACGCGUUUCACAGAUUAAAUAUCUUUAAUUAGAUCACGUAAAAUGCUGAGAAAUGGUAUAUACGCAUUGUCGACAAUUUGAGCAACUGCAUUCAGCAAAUAAUUUUUUCAUAAUUAAUAAUUAGCUCCAUUGGCGGUAUUUUUUUUGUUAUCUCCAUCUUAGCGUCCGUCGUUACUGUUGCUUUGUUAGAAAUUGUAAUACGUAUUAAAAUAUUCUUUCACUGCUAUCCUUUGUUAUUGUUGAAAUGUAUUAAUGUAGGUGUUUUGCCUUGCGCAUUUUCGAAUUUGCUUAGCUACGCUAAGUAAAUAGUAAAGGUAUAUAGUUGGUUCGUUUCAGUUAUGUCGAAGAAGCUAAUUCCUCGGUUUUAAUUUUGCAUGAUGUAUCAUUUUACGUUCACGAUUAUGAAAUCUCCGUAUGAUUUAGAUUAUCUCUUUGGUAAUUAAAUUGAUGAAAUGACCUGAAACUCUUGUAAAUAUACAGUUUGACACUUCGUUUGGAAUAAAAGUUCCAGCUGUAAGGUUUAUUCAAUGGGUUUUGCUUCAACAAACAGUUUCAUCAUGAGAUCUGCUACAUAUUAUGCUAGUGUUUUGCUCGUGAUUUUCUUUAAGACGGUCAAUGCCAAAGAAUGCCACUAUAUUUAUGAAAAUGGAGACAUGAAGUAUUUUCACUGUAACAUUUAUGAAUAUUGCUGUGGGACAAUGUGCUGCCGCUCUCCAGCCAUAACAUUUUAUCAGAUGUGGUAUUUCUGGUUGAUGGUUUUCCUCACUUUGUUAUUCUGUUCUGGUGGAGGAUGGUGGUACAGGUUACGAAAUCAAGGUCCCUUUAUGCCUCCUUCUAUGAUGUCAUAUGCAGCAACUAGACCGAAUGUUGAUACUAUGUAUACAAGAAAUCAGAUGUAUCCUUCACCUGUACCCGUGGUGAAUGCGCCUCAGGCUCAAAUAAUUCAUCAACAGCCACCACCACCACCCUAUUAUGGACCACCUCCCAGUUAUGACACUGCUAUGAACCAUUCAAGGCAGGGCUAACCGAGUGUAAAUAAUGGAAAAUAUGUAUAAAUAUAUAUCUGUAUAUCUGCUUCACGUUUUCAGUAUUUUAUCAGUAUUUUCAAAGUUAUUGUAAAUACUUGCUAUUUGAAAUAAAGUUUAUGAAUAAAAAAUUGUCUGUAAAAUAAAUCCUCA